AGCACACCCAUCCCAUCCAUCCAUCCAUCCAUCCACGCAGGCUAGCAGCAGCGGCGAAACAAGUGCACCCCUAGCUGCGAGCACAAGGAGCAGGCAGCAAUGGCGAGGCAUAGCCUCCAUGCCGUGCUCAUGCUCCUCGUCGGCGUAGUGGCAGCCUCCACUUUCCACCAAUCGGCCGCCGCUGGCCGGGGCCUAGCCGCCGUCGAGAAGUUUGCGGACCUGGAGCCGAAACCCAAACCAGAGCAAAUGCCCAAACCUAUGCCGAAACCAGAACCUACGCCGCACCCAAAAUCGGAUCCCAAACCUAUGCCCAAACCAAUGCCGAAGCCGAUGCCAAAACCUGAGCCCAAGCCCAAACCAAUGCCGAAGCCGAUGCCAAAACCUGAGCCCAAGCCCAAACCCAUGCCCAAACCCGAACCGAAGCCAGAGCCCAAACCCAUGCCUAAGCCAGAGCCUAAGCCGCAACCUAUGCCUAAGCCAGAGCCCAAGCCAGAGCCCAAGCCAGAGCCACCACCGAAGCACAAGCCGCCAACAGCUUACAAUUGAUGGGAUACUAACGAGGAGAUCAUUGCCGGAGCCACAGUCGUGCUGCUUCUAGAAUAAGUGGUGUCGUAACAAUGUCAUUCUAUCCGGCUAGCUCGAUAGUGAUGCAUGCAUCUUUCUGUAUUCUAUGCAUUCCGUUCCUUUUAAAAAGUUUUUCUUUCCAUGCACCCAUGAUGAGUAUUACUCCUACUACUCUGUAAUUAUUAUUUACUUGUUGGUAUAUGUUCAUUUUUGUA